AUGACAUUAGACCUUGCAGUUGAACAAGCAAUCUCAAUUGGAAGUAUUUCUUCUAAUGGAAAUGACGGUCACUGGAACAUUGGCAAUGGUAAUCAUGCUGAAGAACUCUAAGUUCAGCAAGAUUUCCAUUUCGGUGAAUUCGUUAAUAAUGGAGAUAAAAACAGCAUGUAAUUUGGCAACAAUAACGGAGACAAACAAGCUGCUCAUGAAAAACCAAAGCAUUAGCACAAGGCAAGACCAGAGAGAUAAUCUAAGACUUCAGAGCCAACUUAUAAAUUCGAUAAGUUCGAUAAUGAGGGAAAUGGAAAUCAUUUUGGAUUCGGCAACAACAAUGCUGAAGAUCUAUCAGUUGAGUAAAAAUUCGUGAUUGGAAAAUUCGAUAACGAAGGAGAUGGAAACGAUUUCAGAUUUGGAAACAACAACAAAGGACUCUAAGUCUAGGACUUUGCUAAGGGCUUCAAAUUUGACAACACUGGAAGUCUUAAUGACAUUAGUCUCUCCUAAGAGGGUGACUCUGACUUCGCCAGAGAUGUUGAUAUGAAGAAUAAAGGAAGUUAAAAUGCCUUUACCAUUAGCAAUGAACAAAAAGUACAAGACUUUGCAAAGACUGUAAACAUCUUGAACAAAGGAAACCAAAACUAGUGGACUAUUGACAACGAAGAGGGUACCACUAAGAAAGCCUCAAAAAAGCAAAGAAGAUAGGAUAAUGAUGACUACUCCGAUGAUGAAGAAGAAGUACUCUCUGUCCAAAACUACAAGAGAGGUAUUGAUGGCUAACUUAGAAAGACAAGAAGAAUCUCAGACUAUCCUUAAGUUUAAUAGUACUACUAUCCAUACGGAGGUCCAGUUUACUAUCCAUACCCAUACGAUGAUUGA